GGAACGGAAGUGAAAGACCCAGGGGAUUCCCUUUCACUCGUUUUCAAUGGGAUGAAAAUUCAAGCUUUGUUCGAAUAUUCCAAUAAUUUUAGGCAGAAUUCAUGUGUAAAUGAUGUUUGCAUUCUUGUACCAUAUAUUGAUGUAACAAUUAGCUGUUUUGGAAGUCAUAUGUAGGUACUUCUCGCAAGAAUGAAAUGUGACCUAAAACAAUCGAUCUUUGCCGACUACGUUUCUGCCCUCGCAUUCUCGUUAAGACAAGUUUACUGUGGUGUGUAGUUAAGUAGUUAAGAUCUUGAUGCUUGAAAGCAGCAUACUAGAUCUACCUUCGGUGUUAAGUAUUAAUAUAUCUUUUGAUUAAACAUGGAGGAAGUUACAGACCUUGUUGACCCGGUAACUGGCACAACAGAAGCUUUGGCAACGGACAUUAUGCCAGAUUCUUUAGAAUCUUUUCUCAGUGAACAGAAAGAGAAGCCAAGAGAGUUAAAAAUGAUAGAAAGUGAUAUUUUAGAGUUGGCCAACACCGUUGGGGAAGAGAUGGAGGAGAAUUCUGUGGAUGAGGCCAGUUUGGCCACUGACCUGGCAUUUUUAGCUAGCGCUGAAGCUAAAGAGACUACUGGGGAUGAAGAUGAUCCUGGCCUUUCCUUUCUUGUGGGGGAGGGGAAGAUUGAUGUCAAUAAUGAUGAUCUAGCAUUUCUUGAGGAGCAAGAUCUUUCAGAAGGCAGCUAUACAGAGGAAGAGGAUGAAAAUACAGAAUAUGAAUCGGAAGAAACUGAAGAAGAGGAGGAGGGAGAAGAAGAAGAGAAUGAAGAUAAUGAUGCAACAGAAGGGGAGGAUAAUACUGAGGAGGAUGAGAAGAAAAAUGAUAUGGAAGAAGAUGGUGUGUUUGGACAAGUUUCAUUUUAUGAUGAAGAAUCUGCUUCAAGUAAUUCUUUAGAUGUUGGAAAACAAAAACAAAAGAAAAUUGACAAAAAGGCUAAAAAGUCUAAAGGUAAAAAGCGUAAAAUGAGUUUUCCUGACAAAGGGAGAAAGAAGGCUAGAAAGAAGAGAAAGCUGAAAAGGAAGAAGUCUAAAAAUGAUGACGAUGAUGAUGAUGAACCAGAUGACAAGCUACUCAAAAGUGGAACAACACUAAUGAGGAGAAAGAACAUUAGAUCUAUUCUCAAAGAAAAAGACUUGGACAAGGAUAUGCUUUCAGCUCAGAAUGAAGAGUUGGAGCGUCAGAAACGUUUAAUGGAGCUGAAGAAGUCUCUGCUGCGUGAAAAUGCUGCUGCCGGAGCUGCGGCCGCUGCUGCCAAAGCUGCUGCAGCGGCUGCUUCCAGUGCGGCUGCCUCUGCAUCAACUUCUGUCAAAACUGCUACUGCCUCUACUGGCACAUCAACACCAAAGGAAAAAGAUUCUCAGUUAAAGUCCUUACUGCAAGUUGCUGAGGAAGAGGCAGAGAAGGAAGCAGAAAGCAAAGAGAGAAAGCUCUUGGAUAAAGAAGUUGUGAAAGUUAAAAAAGAGACCAGAGAAACUUCACCACCCUCAGAUGUGAUCACGUUGAGCAGUGAGUCUGAGGACUCUGAUGAUUAUGAUGAAGAUGAUUCAGAUGAAGUAGUUAUGGUUCCUAGUGAUGAAGGUGAAGAAGAUGAUGAAGACCCAGAGGAUGUCAACAAUGGAGGAGCACACAUAGAUGAUGCUUUAAACCUUCCUGAUCCUGAUGGCAGGGUCAAGGUCAAUAUAGGACAUCCCCCUGAUGACCCAGAUAUAUAUCUGGCUGCACAAAUUGCACAAGCUAUCAAGCCACAUCAGAUUGGUGGAGUGCGGUUUCUUUAUGAUAACAUGGUGGAGUCACUAGAGAGAUUCAGAACCACUCCAGGAUUUGGUUGUAUACUUGCCCACAGUAUGGGUUUAGGAAAAACAAUUCAGCUAAUAUCUUUCAUCGACAUUUUCCUGCGCUGCACUGGAGGUAAGCUGGUUCUGUGUAUAGUACCUAUCAAUACUCUACAAAACUGGCUGGCUGAGUUUAACUAUUGGCUGCCACCUAAAGAGAAGCUUCACCCUGAUGAUAACCUGACUCAGAGCAGGACUUUCCAGAUCUAUAUUAUCAAUGACAGUUUAAAAACUACAGCUGCCAGAGCUUCAGUAGUAGGAAAAUGGAAAGAAACCGGAGGGGUGCUAUUGAUGGGGUAUGAAAUGUUUAGACUUUUGUCAUCUAAAAAAGUCGCUCCAAGUAAAGCCAAAAGCAGGUCAAAGAAGCCAGUAAAACCUGAAGUUAUAGAUGUUGAAGAAGAGGAUAAAAAUAAAACCCUCAUGAUUGAUAUGCAUGGAGUUUUAGUCGACCCUGGUCCUGAUUUAGUUGUGUGUGAUGAGGGCCAUCGAAUCAAAAACAGUAGUGCUGCAAUAUCUCAGUCACUCAAAAAUAUAAAAACAAGGCGUCGUGUUGUGUUAACUGGUUAUCCACUACAAAAUAAUUUAAUGGAAUACUGGUGCAUGGUAGACUUUGUGAGACCCAACUUCCUUGGUACCAAAACUGAAUUCAGCAAUAUGUUUGAGCGCCCUAUAAUGAACGGCCAGUGUAUGGAUAGUACAAAUUCAGAUAAGAAAAUAAUGAGACACCGCUCCUAUGUCCUACACAAUUUACUUGAGGGUUUUGUACAAAGGCGUGGUCACACAGUGCUUCAGCUUAGCCUGCCACCAAAAACAGAGCAUGUUUUCCUUGUCCGCCUGAGUCCAAUACAACACAAAAUCUACUGUGAAUUUAUGAAUGCCAUAUCGGAGUCUGGUCUUUGUUCUUGGGCUAAUAACAACCCUCUCAAAGCUUUUGCUGUCUGUUGUAAGAUAUGGAACCAUCCUGAUAUAUUAUAUGAUGUCCUGACCCAACACAUCGCAGACAAGGAUAAUGACCUUGAUAUUGAUACUGGUGAGGGUGGCACAAACAAAAAGAAAAAGGUCCCAGGUCUAACCAAAGCUGCGUCUACACUGUCAUUGUCUUCUGUUGAUUCAGCUGCCACCUCUACACUAACACCUUCAGCCUCCACUGCUUCCUUGGGCUCAAUGGCAUCUGAGGGUGGAAAUGAUAAAAAUCCUAUAGUUUAUGACUGGGCUGAACCUUUGAUGAAAGACUAUGUUGCUGGUCUCCUAGAAAACAGUGGCAAGUUUAUGAUAAUGAACUCCAUUGUAGAAGAAUGUCUAGCUGUUGGUGAUAAGGUUCUGAUAUUUAGUCAAAGUUUGCUGACGUUAAAUAAAAUAGAAGAGUUCAUGGGCAAGUUAAAGGUUCCCAGACCUGAGAUUAUGGAGAACUGGCAACGCAACAAAACAUAUUUCAGACUGGAUGGAAGUACAUCAGCCCAAGAUAGAGAGAAGCUUAUCAAUCAGUUUAAUGAUCCAGAAAGCAAUAUUUGGGUUUUUCUUCUCUCAACCAAAGCUGGGUGCCUAGGAAUCAAUUUAGUUGCUGCUAACCGUGUCAUUGUUGUUGAUGCCUCUUGGAACCCAUGUCAUGAUUGCCAGGCUAUUUGCCGUGUGUACAGAUUUGGUCAGAUGAAAAACUCAUACGUCUACAGACUUAUAACAGAAAACACACUAGAAAAGAGGAUCUAUGAUCGACAAAUCAACAAGCAGGGAAUGUCUGACAGGAUUAUUGAUGACAUGAACCCAGAAAACAAACUAACACGCAGACAAGUGGAGAAUUUGCUUGAUUUUGAGGACCAGGAGUAUCCACUUGUAGAUUUCUCUACAGCUUCCACCAAAUACAGCCAUGAUACAGUCUUAGUCAAUGUUCUAGAAAAACAUGGAAAGUGGCUGACUAAGCAACCAUUUACACAUGAGUCACUGCUGAUUGAUCGCAAGGAGCUGAGAUUGUCUAAACGUGAGAAAAGGCUGGCCAAAGAGGGUUAUGCAAGGGAUAAGAGAAUGAAUGUGACAUACACACGACCAACGUAUGCAGCAUAUUACCCACAACCUGGAGGGCUGCCCAGCAGAUUGCCCUUAAAUAGCAGAUACAACUAUGCUGCAUUCAGACGUGGCCCCAUUGUCCGCCCCAUCGCCAGUGUUCGCCCCAUGAUAGCCGCUAAUGUUCAAAAUGGUGGUGAGAAAAUCAAACAAUUUGGUGGUCAGCCCUUAAGGCCAGGAGUGACCAUCCAUCAGGUCAUCACAACAACAGCCAUUGUGUUUCCAGAUAUUGUUUUGCCUGGGACAAACACAGGCACACAAGCUGGUGCGUCUGUUAACAAUAAAAUAGGAGCAGGUGAAAAAAUUUUAGUCAUCAAGACUCCCAAAGGUGUGUACAUCAGAACUAAUGAUGGGAAGAUGUUUGCUGUGAGGUCAAAGACGGGGGCAGGCCUGACCGACAUUGGGGGAACAUCAGGUGUGACCACCACGACAGCCACAACUACAUUCACUUCUGCUGGUGGGAAUCAAGUGUUUAUAACUCCCAGUAUGAACAUAGGUGCUGGUGGUAAAAAACCACCUAUCAUUAUUGUAAGCAACAAGAAAGGAAUGCCCAUUACCAUGACUAGAGGAGGUAGCAUCAUACGUACUUUACCUUAUGGAACUACUAAUAUUUUGAACUCUUUAAAACCUUCCAUUUUGAGAACAGGUAUAAAUAAAUCUGGUGACAGCACAGUACUGACAGCUAGCAACGCUAUUAAAUCCUCUGCUUCUACUUCAACGGGAGAAAAGGUGACCUCCCUGGCUGAUUUGAUUGCCAGCGAAGACGAGGACUCUAAAGGUAGUGGUGAAAAGAAGAUGAGUGACGGCUCCACCCAGGCUGAAGAAUCUCCCCCCAAGAGACCUGUCAUUGUCCUCCCAUCCCUGGCUGUCAGAACACCCAGGCCACUGUCCAGUAUCCAGUCCUCCACCAUAGCCACAACCUCACCUGGCGGUGGAACUGUGGUCAUCAUGCCCACAAAACCAGUCGUUUCCAUGGGAACUAAAAGAGCCCCGAAAAAUCCACGUCCCAGAAAGAAGGCCACAAGUAAGGACAGCCCUUCUCCCAGCACCGUGGAAGAAAUCAGGGUUGGGCCAACAACCAAACAGAAAGGAGUGAGCCUGCUCUCUAAUAUGAGUGUGGCGUCCACCACUAGCACACCCUCUGCUAGUGCCUCGGGAACCAUAACCUCUGCUUCCACUGCUACAUCACCUAGCUCAGCAGCAGCUUCAAACCCAAUACCAAGUACAACAACACAGGCCCAGACACCAACUUCUUCUGGUCCACCUGUCCAGACCACACCAGAAUCUCAGCCCAAGGCACCAGCACAUUCAUCUGCAUUCCCAGACCUCAACAGCAUGUGGCAAAGCAAUUUUGGUGCCUCAUCCUCCCAAAACCCACCCAGUGCUCCUGUAAGCACCAACAGCUACAGUGGAGGCAUGAUGAUGCCCAACUCAACACCUGCGCCAAUGUCCGCUGGUCAAGAAAAUAGCAACAUUGACAGCAGUUCAAAUAGUUCAAAUCAAAAUAUUAUGACUGGGUCCAAUCAAAUUGGCAACUUCAACAGUUCUCACAACACAACCAAUCAAGGAUACAACAGCAUGAACAAUCCAUACAUGACAAGUAAUAUGAGCCCUUACGGUAUGGGCCCCCCUCCGUCAAUGAUCGGGCAAGGGCUGGGAUCAAUGCAGCAUCAUAUGCCACCUUAUAUGCAUUCAGGCUUCAUGCCCUCACCUCCUGGAUCAUUUAGUCAAAGUUUGCCCCCUCCACCAUCAGAUCCAGUGUCUAACCCAUCUCACCAGGGCAGUAUGUACGGCUCAUCUAAUUCUCAGUUCUCAUCCUUUGGCCACAGCCAACAAAACCCUCCACCUUUUGGCGCCAGUGGCAGUAACUUCCAGGUCCCAAGCAACUCCACGCCAUUCGGGUUCGGCUCAGAGAUGAGUGGGAUGAACUAUGGUGCCCCGCCCACGACGUCAUCUUCAUUUAUGUCUCAAUCGCAGGGAGAGCAGAACUACCCACCAGCGCCAAACUUCCACCAGAAUACUAGUCCUGCGUUUGGAAUGGAUGGCCCCAGCGAGUCGUUCCCCUCACAGUCCUCAUCUCACACAUCCACCACUCCCAAUUACCAAGACUCAGGUUUAUCGGCCAUUGGAAGGAAUAGUAGGGAUAACAGUCCUUUCUCGCUGACUCUGUUAGGGUCAGAAUCUAACACCCCUGGCCACUCAAAGUCCAGCAAACCAUCAUCACAGCGCCCCAAAACGAGCUCCUCCUCCUCCAAGAAGAGCAAGGUUAUUCCUCCAGUCAGCUCUGGCACCAGCAGUCCAAACGUGAACAAACCUCAGAGCAACCCGAACAAACCUCGAGGGAGCAGCAACAAAACCCCAUCCCCUGCACCAAGCCCCAGGCAUACAACACACACGCCAGAAAACAGUAAAAGUUUCAUGGAUCUUUCUAACAGUCGACCAUCUCAUGGUGUCAGCAAUAAUACAUCUCAGCCGUUUGCUUCAAGCGCUAGCAGUAGCUCUCAGGCAUAUCCUAGCAGUAGUGGUAGCUCCCAGCCGUACCCCUCCAGCCUCAGCCAGGAUGUGGAAAGCAUGAGCAACAGCAUGAACUUCCCUAGCUUUGACUCAAAUUCUGGUCUUGGUGGAUUUAGCAGUUACCAUGGGCCGAAUGUAAACAGCAGCCUGUCUAGUGGGCUGCUGGGCCAUUCUUUAGGAAGUGACAUUGGUAUGGGGGGAAGUGCUUUCCGAGCCCAUCAAAGUCCUGCCAAUCCGCAACCAUUUAGACUGGAUGGAACAGGUGGAAUUAGCAGCAUGGGAAACUCUGGUCUAAAUUACAAUAGUAGUAUGAGUGCAUUUAGUAGUCCUAGUGGGCUAGGCAGUGCUGGUGGCUAUGGAAACGCUUCAAGCUUUGGAGGUUUUGGGUCUGGAUACGGAGGUGGAUCCACCCUUCCAUUUUCAUCUGCGCCAAUCAUGCCUCCACCACAGUCCAUGAUGGGUUACUCACAAACACCUCUGGGCUAUCCUGGCAUGUCACCUCUAAUGAUGGGUGGCCCUGCACCACCUGGGCCCCCACCUAUGGGUAGCCCUAUGUGGCCCAUGAUGCCAUCCUCAAUGAUGGGGGGUGGGUAUGGAUACCCACCACACCCAUCAAGUAUGGGAUUCUCUAGCUCUAUAGAUGGACAAGGGUUUGGUCAUUUAGCUCCUGGACCAAAUAACUAGUUAACUUAAAUCUGACCAUUUACUAGAUGUUACCAAAGAUAACUGAAUUCCUUGUUUCAAGUGUUUUCUAGAUAUUGUUAAAUGUAAUCAAAGUGAUCUUGUGUAGAUGUCUACAUCCCUGUCAGCCUGGACCAGAUCAAGCAGUACAUAUCUCCACUGAAGAGAUCCUCUCUGCCCUUUUCAAGUGAUGUGUUGUGAGUCGUUUCAAGUAUUUCAAACAUCCUCAGUCAAUCUUUCAUCAAAGGUUUUGUCUCAUGACAGAUGCUGGAUUAUUAUUCUAUGAACUAAACUGUAUAUUAGUUUUAUGUAUUUCAAAAAUCAUAAUCAUAUACAAUUAGUCUUUGACACUUUCUUAUAACUUAUCUUUUUUUAUGUACAUAAUGUGGGAGAAAAUAUCCCACUUGCGUUUGUAGUUUUUUGUACAAUAAUUUUUCCUGAUUUAAGCUGUUAUUUUAAAGAAAAUUGAAGCUGACAUUGUGUUUUUCAUGCUUAGGUAAAUUUAUUUAAUUUGUAACAGUUUGAUUUAUAUGUUUUAUAUGAUUAUUUACAUAAAGGUUCUAGCACUUAUUUACAGUAAGGUUUGUACUUGUCUAAAUAUUUAUAGAAUACUAGUACAUGGGCAAAUCCAUUGUCCUAAUCUACAGACCAAUAAUUUUAUUGUAGUCAAAUUAUUUUAGCAGUCAGUAUUUGGUCUGCCAAAAUUUCAUCAUCAGCUUUAUAUACACAAAUGUCGUUCACUGUGAUAAGAAAAUGUAAUUGAAUGGCAUUAGAUAAAACUUGUAUUAUAUUCUGGAUGUCAAAUUUCUAUUAGAAUCUCACUUCAUUGCUUGUGGCUUUUAACCCAAAUAUAAAUUUUAAUUUAGAAAGUACAUUUUCAGCUUUUCUAAAGUUCAUUCAUUGAAUUUUUAAAUUCAGAAAACAUUCUACAUGUUUUUAAUUUGAGAUACUUCUAAGUUUUAAAAAUAUAAAAUAGUUUGUAAGUAACAAUUUAAAAAAAAAACUUGUACUUGAUUGUUGAUUUAUUUUUUAUUAUUUAUUUUUUUGCACAAAAUUUAUUUCCUGGCCAAUGAAUAAUUGCCCUUUCUAAGUUGCAAACAUGAGAAUGACUAACUGCAUUUGGGUAUAAAUGUUCAGUAUAUUUCUUGCUUGCAUUUUUGUAUAUAAAAGAUACAUUGAAGUGUGUAACUUUUAAGACUAGAUAUAAACUGUAAUGUAAAUAUAAACAGUACAUGUCUAUGUUACCUAAAUAAUAAAUGAAUUUGUAAAAGAUUAUGCCAUAAAAAUUGACAAUUAAACAUCCCAGCUUAUUUUGAUGUUCCUCAGUAGUCACAUUUAAUGUUAAUUCACUUUCUGUGCAUGCAUAAAAUAUCAAGUGUGUAACUUUUAGGGAACCAAAGUGGUAAGAUUUUUUUUUUACAUUUCAAAUUUUUGGCAUCAGUAUAACUUUAAAAGCCUUGGGUUGUGUUAUGUUAAAAAAAAAUCUCUUAACAUUUUCAUAACAGACAUACAUCAAAACAAUGUAUUAGCAUCAAAAUCUUUUGGAUUUUAAUUUAGCAUUCUUUAAAUUUUGCUAAAUGAUUGCUUAUAUAUUUUACUGAAAGCAAAUUGUCUUCAAAAGAUAUGUCUUAUUUUAUUAUACUUGUAACAUUUAAGAAAAUGCAAUCUUUUGUAUAAAAAAUACUUAAGUUGUUUUUGGUCUGAUAUUUCUAGUCAUAAUAAUGUUAUCAAUAUGUUGUGCUUAUCUAAAUUUCUUGAACACUGUUUAGGGAUGUUGAAUUCUUUUUGAAAACAAAAGAAUCAUUUGAAUGAUAAAGAGCACAGAACAAUAAAACAAGAUGUAAUGUUAUACAUUUUUCCCUCUAUAAAAACAGUAUGGAGCAAAUCUACUUAAUUAUGAGUGUUUUAGGGUAGGGGCCCCUUGACAUUAAUAGAAAAUAUAUUUUGCAUAGUAAUUUUUAAAAUACGUUUUAAAAAUAAGUGAUGUGAAAUUUGUUUUUAAAAAACUGCUUUUGUUAAAGUAGUGUGACAUAUCCAAAAAAAAUUUUGAGCACCUCGUUCGUCAUAGCAGCUUGAGGGUUAAUCCAAUCAAGCUGUAUUCGGUGACGUUGUACAUUGUGUUUAUACAAUAGUGAGCAUCUUUCUUAGCUGCAAAACACACACAUUACUGCUACUUGGUUCAACUCCUGCGUUAGUAUUUCAACAAUUCUCUGUGAAUACGGUGGCGAUGAUAAUUUGUUUUUAACAGAAUUUUUUUGUCACUUUAAAGAUGUAAAUUACAUAUUUUUCUUGUAUAAAAACCAAUGUAUGCUGUUAAUUGCUUUAGAUGCAUUAGAAUAAAACCUAAAGAUCUGAUAUUUUUUUCCCUAGCUUGUUUUAAAAAAAAAUUAAUUUUUCAAAAUCUUUUUGAAUUAUCUAUAAGGCUACUGAUUUCAUAUUUUGGAUUAAUGUGUAUAGUUGUUAGCAUAUGUCAUAUAAAAAAUCAUAUCUAUUUACUUCGGUAAACCAUUUUAUCUAUUGCUUUAUGUGUAAUAAGUAAAAUGAGAUUAUUAGUAAGUGUGUCACCUCUUGUAUGUAAGUGUCUUUUUGUUUUCAUUCAUCAGCAGUAUAACAAGCUAUGUGUUGAAGAGAGCUGGAUCGAUUUUUAAGUUUUUCUUUUCUUCAAAUAACAGUAUUCUAUUUUAACUCAUGUUUUGUAUCUAUACUUUCAUAUAUAGUUUUUUUUUCUUUCAAUAAUUGAAACUGUUCAUGCAAUUUCUCCAAUAUCUUGUCUGUGUCCAGAUUGUGUAAGAAAUUUCUUCCAUAACUCUGUGUUGUCUUAGGUGUUGUAAACUGUGUGAUCACAGUCAUUUCCUCUAUAUUAUUUUUAUGUUGUUUUAUUAUAUUCAGACCAGUCUUCUUUUUUUUUUAUUAUAAACAUGAGGAGGAAAAAAACUGCCAUUAAAAUAUGUGUGUGGUCAAAGGUCAACCAAUAAAAAUAUAGAAUCAUU